ACCGGCUGUUAUCCAAAUUGAACAUUCAAAAUUUGCUUUAGCAAAUUCAAUACAGCGGUAAUGCCACUCAUCGUCGUACAGACUUAGUUUAAACACGAAGAUGCUCCUGAGAACUGCGAUGAACUUGGAGGGCCACUGCUUCAGGCUGUUUGAAAGCAAGGCCAUCAAUUCAAAUGGGUAUUGGUUAAGAAUGAAGUUCAAGAAGUUCUCAACUUCGUCGACUUUCAACACAAGGGGGCAAUGGUCAAACAAACCAAAACUCGAAUCCUUCCAGCCUCAAUUCGACAACGUGAACAUCGACACAAGAAAUCUCACAGGAGGGCGACUAAUUAAGCCAUUUUUCUUCACCCUUGCAUUCAGUACUGCAAGCAUUUCAGGAGCGGCGAUUUGGCAUUAUGAAAAUACUAGGCCUAAUUACUUUAAAGACUGGAAGUCAUCUGACAGGGCAUAUAAAUAUCAGAGGCAUAGGAAUUUUUGGAGUGACCUUAACUCGGCUGCACAAAUAUUUCUUCCGAUAUGCCUAGCGAACAUUCUUGUCUUUUUGGCAUGGAGAGUACCACAACUUGAAUACACCAUGAUCAAGUAUUUCUGUUCUAACCCUGCAGCAAAAAAUAACUGCUGGCCUAUGGUGUUGUCGACAUUCAGCCACCACUCUUUUUUGCAUAUAUUCGCAAAUAUGUACGUACUGCAGAGCUUCUGCACAGCUGCCACAUUGAGCAUGGGUAAGGAACAAUUUCUAGGAUUCUACAUGGCAGCAGGCGCUGUCGCAUCGUUUGCUAGUUAUGUGCAUAAAGUGAUUGCUUCAAAACCUGGAUUAUCCCUUGGAGCUAGUGGUGCAAUUAUGGGUAUACUUGGUUAUACUUGCGUGACCUACCCUGACAUACAAUUGAGUAUAAUUCUUCUCCCAUUUUUUACUUUUAAAGCUGGACUUGCAAUAAAAGUGAUAAUGGGCUUGGACCUUGCUGGCGUGCUAUUAGGCUGGAGAUUUUUCGAUCAUGCAGCUCAUUUAGGUGGAGCAGCUUUUGGAAUAUUCUGGGGUCUUUGGGGCAACCAACACAUCUGGCAGAAACGUGAAAUCAUGGUCAAAUAUUGGCGGGAUUUCAAAAAGAAAAUUUAAACGGCUAGAUCUUUUCAUUAUUUCCCUUUUAAAAGAAUAAAUUAUUACAAAAUA